AUGUUUCACCACAGAGUAUUGGUAUGCAUCCUGUACGGCUCUGCUUAUCUGGGAGAGGGCUCGGGUUUGUUUCCAAGCGUUGCAGCAGCCAAGAUCGCAGCAAGACGGAUUUUCAAACUGACUGACGCUGUGCCAACCAUAGAUGCCUUCUCAACAGAAGGUGCACAACCUAAGGAGUUCGGCAGCAAUAUAGAGUUUAAAGGUGUCCACUUCUCCUAUCCCACCCGGCCUAGCGUGCCAAUCUUACAAGGACUAAACCUGACCGUGGAGCCCGGGCAGACAGUGGCCCUAGUUGGCGCCAGUGGGUGUGGUAAGAGCACUACCAUCAGCCUCCUGGAGAGAUUUUAUGACCCAAAAGAGGGUAGACUGAUUCUCGGAGGUCAUGAUUCUAAAUCCUUAAACAUCCAGUGGCUUCGCAAUCAGAUCGGCAUCGUGUUCCAGGAACCUACGCUUUUUGAUCGGAGCAUUGCAGAAAAUAUCGCCUACGGUGACAACACUCGCAAAGUGGGAAUGGAAGAAAUCAUUCAAGCAGCAAAAAAUGCCAACGUUCAUUCCUUCAUAGAGGCUCUCCCGCUGGGUUAUGAGACAAACGUUGGAGGCCGAGGCACUCAGCUCAGUGGAGGUCAGAAACAGAGAGUGGCGAUAGCAAGGGCGCUUGUUAGAAAUCCCAAGAUUCUUUUGUUGGACGAGGCCACGUCAGCCCUGGAUACAGAAAGUGAAAAGAUCGUUCAAGAAGCUUUGGAUAAAGCCCGACAAGGCCGCACAUGCGUAACCAUCGCUCACCGACUGUCCACGAUCCAGAAUGCUGACAAGAUCAUUGUCUUUGAGCAGGGUGUAGUGACUGAGGCAGGCACCCAUGCUCAACUCAUGGCCAACAAAGCGCAAUAUUACACACUUCAGUCAAUGAAUGCUGUGUAGUUCAUUUCCGAGCUGAACAGAAAGUAAUAGAUGUUAUGUAAAAUAUAGUCGACUCGCUGUACGGAAUAAGGACACUUGACCAAUUUCAAGGACAUUACUGUUCUUGCAAGUUUAAUAUUGUAUUUCUACCCCCCCCCCCCCCAAAAAAAAAAUUAUUUUAAAAAAUGCAAUAUGCCAACCAUGAGUUUCUAGGAGUGAUUGUUUGGCAUUUUCUGAGUAGAAUACACAAUGUACAGAUAGAAGACGCAGAACGCUAUUAUUCCAACAGAUGAACUGAACGUAUGCAAUAACGUGUUAGUUCUCCCAGGGGUGAAACAAUACACCCAUUGGUUGCUCUACUAUCUCGUCUUUUCCCCAAAAGACAAGCAACUGUAUUUGGAGUAAUAUGCCCAACGAUCGGGAAAAACUGCUGUAGGUAAAUUAGAACUAUAUUAGAAAACUGAAUCUCGCUAUCAUUUUAUCCAACAGACAGUGAAUUCUCACUAUGGUGAAUUAGGUUUGAAAGUGGAAAUGGAGCUUUUAAAUGUUCAUAAUGUGACAAACUCUUGUCAACCAGAAUUGGUCUCAUUGGCUAUAACAGAAGCCACAAGUCAUUUUAAUGCUUAUUUCUUCUACCUCGCUGAAAAAAAUUAUUAUGAUCAUUAUUACAAUCAUUCUUCUUUUUCUUUCUUUUUACAAUAAUUAUUCUCAUGUUCUUAGAUAUAACAGUAGCGGCUCGUGGUUUAUAGAACUGACCGGCCGUUAUUCACGUCGACUAUUCCU